AUUAUCAGAUAAUUAUUUAUACCUCUGUUGAUUACAGGUCUAUUUAUAGUAAUAGGAGCUUAACAUGUUUUUAUUUAAGAAUACAUUGAAAUUAACCCAGAAGAACUUGAAAUUGCUAGCUAAAAUGUCAACUGAAACAUUAAAGACACAUAAAAUUGAUGUUGAUGGACAAACUAUUAACUACCUCAAAGUCGGGAAUGGUCCAAAGACAGUGUUGUGUUUUCCUGGAGCGUUGGGAACAAUUUGGAGCGAUUUUAAACCUCAAUUGGAAAAUUUAGAUAGAGAUAAGUUUACUAUAGUAGCAUGGGAUCCUCCUGGUUAUGGUUACAGUCGUCCUCCAAAUAGAAAUUUUGGAAUUAAUUUUUAUAGAGAUGAUGCUAUAUGUGCAGAAAAGUUUAUGAAUAAAUUAGGAAUAAACAAAUAUUCUCUGCUAGGCUGGAGUGAUGGAGGAAUAUCUAGUAUGAUUUUAUCGGCAAAAUAUCCAGAGAAGGUUGAAAAAUUGGUUUGUUGGGGAUCUAAUGCAUAUAUAGUCGCCGAAGAGGUCAAGCAAUGUGAAACUGACAAUCGUUCGAAGAGAAAGAGGCAUGCCGAAAGAAGACAAGACUUUACGGUAUUUGCCGAGAAACGUGGUGAAUUAAACAAGAUGAGAAUCAGUCCACAACUGACACUUGCCGCUUAUCAAUAUUUGAGUACAAGUAAGUAG